GCUAUAAUAUGGUUGAAUGGCUUUACAAUAAUAAAGGAAAGAGAAUUUCAUUUCAGGUUUAAAAUGCAUUUAAGUGGAAUGGAUUUAUCUCUUUGGAAAGAAAAACAUAUACAUUGAUUUUUAAAUCGCGGGCUUCUGAAGUUUUUAUCCUGUUCAGGUGGUGCUGCUAGAGACAAGAAACUGUAAUGGCCCAGUGUAGUUUUUGGAGUACAGAAAGGCACAAAGACAAGUCCAACCUAAGAUCAAGAAAAAACAAGAACAACAAUGCUGCUUUGUGGUCCAGCAUAGAUUGGCCAACCAGCCCUGUAACAUCUACACAUCAAUCAAAAUCCACCAAGUCUAGCAAUUCUAACAGAAAUAUAAAGAUGGAUGUCGAUGAUGAUCUUCAAUGUGCAGUCUGUUUAGAAUUAUAUUCUUAUCCAAUCAUACUUCCAUGUUCUCAUGUUUUAUGUCGAGAACCAUGUGCCGAACAUCUUUUUGAUUUUAAUUUUAUUCGCUGUCCUGUGUGUCGUGAUAACUGUUAUGUUAGCGGAGGAAUUAGUAGUCUACCAAGAGUUCUAGCCCUUGAAAAUAUAAUAUGUAGAUACAAAGAAGACCAAAAAAAAGGAGAGAAAGAAAAACAAAAAUCUUCUUCACCUGUUGAGGAAAAUAUAGUUCAACCAGUUAUAGAAGAAAUUGCGGAAAAUCCUAUUUUAUGCCAGCAUUGUGAUUCGUCACUGAAAAAACUUGCCAAAAAAUCUUGCCUCGAUUGCUGCUCUUCAUAUUGCAGCAGGUGCUUUAGACAUUCUCAUCCGUCCAGAGAGCCAUAUUCAUUUCAUGAAAUAGUGGAACCAAGGACCGAUCUCAUUAAAAAGACUGAACCCGUGCAGACGUUUACUCAUUCAGGAAAGUGCUCAUUACAUAAAGAAAAAUUAACUUUAUAUUGUUCGGAUUGUUCACAAACAUGUUGUACUAAGUGUAAAAGUAUGGAGUGCCAUAGAGGACAUAACAUAAUCUUGAUUGAAGAUGCAUAUUCAGACUUAAAGAUUUCAUUAAAUAACAGUUUAUCCAAAGUAGACAACAGCCAAGCACAUGUUACAACUUCAUUAAAAUGCCAGAGAGAUAACCUUAAAGAUAUGCAGCAAGCUAUAAAUAGAAGAAGAGAUGAAAUAAAUAUGCAUUGUGAUGCUUUAAUGGCUGAAAUAGAAAAUAAAAGGAACUUUUUCCUUGCUGACCUUGAAUAUGAAGAAAGAAUUAGACAAAAUGACAUGGAAGACAUGGUAAAAGCCAUUGAAAGAAUACAGGGGUCAUCUCAAGCACUACAAAACUUUGCAAAAGAACUUCUCAAAGAAAAUGUUCCAGAAUUCCUUGAGGAGGCCUGUUCAUUAAAUGACAAGUUACUUAAAGCUAGCAUUGAUUGCCAAAGUGUUCAGAGUCAGCAAAGUGAUUUAGAAUCCUUAGCAUCAAAAGUUGUUGACUUUAGAAAAGAAAGAGGUGUUCUACGAGACCUUCAUUACUUGUCUGCUCCAGUCACACCAAUAGUUGAUGUCAGCCGUUGUACAAGGAGUGAGGAUUGUGUAGUACUUGUUUUAUCAGCACCACAGAGUAUACAUGAUGUUAUUGAUCAGUAUGAAAUUCAUUACUGUUCUGAAGAACAGAAGUCUCUUGAAAUUGAGGAAACUGUGAUAGUGAAGAAUGUACCAGAUGACAGACUUGUUGCUAAGGGCCUGCCUUCCAACAAUGCCAAUGUAGUUAUACUGCUAGACAACUUGUGUAAAGGGACCACAUACUAUUUUUGUGUUAGUGCUACUAACUUGGCAGGGAAAUCCCCUAAUUCUGAAGUGGUGCAAUGUACAACUUUGAUGCAUAGUGAAAGUGUUAUACCAGUGCCUGUGAUAGUUGAAAGUUUAUGUCGCCAGUUUACAUCCUCAAUACAAGUGUACAGCUCAAGUCCGCAGGAUAUCACAGUGGACCAACAAAUAUCUCACUUUCUGUUAUACAGACCAUUAGGCCAGAGUAGAGCAUGGAAGACCAUACCUUUAUACGGCCGACAAGACCAUCGUGUAUUUGGAUUAGAGUCUAGCAUAGAAUAUCAGUUUGUAAUCCUAGGAUGUAAUCCUCGGGGCGAAUGUCAAAUAUCAAAUAAAAUUGUCUUGCAGACUGAACCAACUGCAUAUUGAUGCCAUAUUUUUAAUAUUUUUAUAAAUGAAUUUAUAUAGAAAUACCUGUAAGGUUUUCGAAAAAAGUGUUGGGUAUAAUUAUUGAUCACAUUUUUUCCAAUGUCAAAGAAAGGCUUAUUUCAUUUAUAAAAUGUUACCCAUAAAGAGUCUUGACACUCUAAAAUGAUGUCAUUAGGAUUUUGAUAAUUUUUAGAAAAAGAUAAGCUACUUUCUACACAGAUUUGCUAAGUUAAAGGUUUUAUAAGAUCUCAACUAGAUAUAGAUUCAAUCUUUUACUAUUUUAAGAGAGAUGAAUUUUGGAAUUAGUUUUUAUAAUUUGGCCAAAUUUGCAAUGUGAGAUGUAAAAAAAUGUGUACAAGUUCUCUUGAUUUGAUAAUGUAAAGUCAUAUUUUUUUAUAACAGUUAUGGUAACAUACAGUGAGGCUAUUUGCAACUGCACCCUAAUGUAAAAGACCUAUUUUGAUACAUGGUGGUGGAACAUGAAAAUUUUAUGCUUUUUUAGUUGAAAUUAAGGCUGAUAUAUUAAAUGGGAGAUAACUCAUAUGUGUAAUACAUUCAAGGAGGUAGACCUAGGUUAAGGGAAAUAACUCUUAAAAUCAUCAGUACGUUUAUGUCAACCAUUUUCAUCAAAAUAUUCUAAGCUUCUAAGUAACAUAGAUUAUUUCCAAUAUGUUUCAGGUAAAUGCUUAAAAUACGUUGAUGAAACUUGACUUUUACAAACACAUAACUGAUUUAAAGAGUUAUCUCCCUGAACCAAGGUCUACCUCCUAAUUGCUCCUUACUAGUUUGAUAAAUGUGAUAUCGAAAAGAAAUUAUGUUUGUUCAUUUGUAGUUAAUGUAUUAGUUAUUUUAUGGUGCUAUUAGUGCGUUACAAAAUAUGGCAUGUUUUUUGAGAAUUGGAAAAAUGUUGUUUUUGCAUAGGACUUGUCAUAUUUACAUACUUUUAUGUAGUUAAAUUGAGUUCAAAAUUUUUUCAAUUUACAUACUCAUUUUUGUGGUUAAAAACUUAAAAUAAGUUGUUUUUUUAUAAAUAAGAUUAGAUAUUUGUUGCUCAACUUUUUUUACUUAGUAUUUAAUACACUUCAUUGCAGUUUUAAGAAUGUUUUCUACUGUUUCAAAAUAACAAAGCUUUUUAAAAGACUGUUAUUAAGAUUAAUAGUAUAUGUAUAGUACAUAUAAAGGAACCUAAAAAGCAGAAAAUAUGAUAGGUCUGUGCACCUGUUUUCAAUAUAUCAGGUAUUGAAAAUUCGGCAGGAAUUAAUUAUGAUCUCUAGAUUUGGAAAGGUGUCUUUUUAAACCUUAUAUUUAUGUAAUAAAAUUAUGAAAAGAAAAGUAUGAUUUAGCAGGCAAAUUUUUAAUGGCACUACAGGGAUAAAACCAGAGGAUUCCAAAUAUCUGGCAAAAAUAGUAAAAACAAAAGGAGCUAACAUGUUUAGAGAUGAAUGUUAUUGAAUGUUAAUUAAGAUUGUAAUUCCCUAUUUGUAUGUUAUAAUUGUUUGCACUUGAAGCUUAUUAUUAUAAAUUAUACUACUAGCUGUUUCUCUAAUAGUUUAAAGAUUUCUAUGAAGAGUUUAUUGCACUUUUUGUCUAGUCAUUUAAGAUGUAGAAUUGCCAAUCCGAUUAGAAUAUAGAUAAUGUGUCCAAGUUUUGCCUACAACUUUGUUCUACAUUCUGUUUUUGGUAAUCAUUACAUCAGCCAAUGAAAUUUUAGCUUUCAAAUUUUUGAAGGUGCAUAUCGUAAUUAAAAACAAAGAGGACCACAAAAGGUCUUUAUACCAUAAAGUAGAACCAGAUUGUUGUCAAACAAAUGACAGACCCAAAAUCUGUAUUUAAAUCAGAUAAAUGAAUAGCAGUAUUACAUGUACAACUUGUUUUCACUAGAUAUUUAUUUCGUAUAUUUUUGACACUCAGCAGGGCUUAAUAGUAAAUUAUCAUAGAGUUAAACCAUGGUGCCAUGUAGUAAAUGUGAUUUUACAUUAUAGGAAUAUUUUUUUAUAUAUGUGAAAAUGAUUUCUUCUUUUUUUUUGUACAAUUGAAGUAUUUUUUCUGGAAUAGUGUUUAUUUCUUCUUGUGGAAAGAGUAAUACAUUAUUAAGUUUGAAAUACUCAAGCUUUAUAUUUAUUUUUAAUGUGUAUUUGUGAUAAGUUCAUAUGCUGUGUUGCUAGACUGUGAUAUUUAUAAUA